UCGUUAUUAUCAUUUCCCCUCUUUGUUAUAGAAAAAUAAGAACCAAAUUUCCUUUCUUUUUGUCUGGUCCUGACGAUUCUUGAGAUUCCAUCAUGCUCUGACUUUUCCAAUUGAUAUGGGAUAGCUUCGUCAAUUUUGUCCACAUUCCAGCAGGUUGUUACCUUCAAAUCUAUGAUCAUACAGUACCACAUCUUUUAAACUGCCAACUGCCUCAGAAACUCUCUCUCUCUCUCUCUCUCUCUCUCUCUCUGUGUAUGAUUCCAUAAUCUUCAUUUUUAAGAAUCAUUCUUGAAACUCACUUUGAGAAACAUCCAAUGAUCUCAGCACUUUCUCCUACUCAACUCUUGCUCCUCAUCUUUAUAACCAUCUCCUGGAUUUUUGCAACAGUUGAAGCUCAAAGCAAUGUAAGCGUAGGUGGUUUUCUAUCUGCCGAUGGUACAAACACGGCAUGGCGAUCCCCCUCCGGUGAUUUUGCCUUGGGUUUUUAUGCCAUUCCGGGCCAAGAACAUCUCUUCCUUCUUGCAAUUUGGUAUGCUAGCAUACCAGAGAGAACCAUCGUCUGGUAUGCUAAUAAUAGGGAGACUCCAGCAGUAGCAGCUCGAAAUUCAAAGGUCGAGCUUACAGGGACUGGCCAUCUUGUGCUUAAAGACCCUGGAAACAAAGAGUUGUGGAGGUCCCAAAGCCUCAAUAAUGAUUCUCAAGUAUCUCAUGCAGCCAUGCUUGAUACAGGGAACUUUGUGAUAUCGAGUCAAAACUCAGGCAACAUAUGGGAAAGCUUCAAAUAUCCAACGGAUACCAUGUUACCCUCACAAGAAUUGGAUGUUAAUCAGAGUCUUUCAUCAGCUCUGGCUGAAGCAAACUACAGUAAGGGGAAAUAUCAACUUCGUUUCAACCAAGGAUCUUUCAUACUUAACCAAAUUGAUAUGUUCACCAAAAAACCUUACAAUAAUUAUUAUAGUUUCGGGGACGGUUCUCGGUUGAUCUUCAACGGCACGGGGCGUAUUCAAUUUCGGAAUUCAAGUGGAAGUAUAAUCAACCUUGCACCAAUAAACACUGUUCCGAAACCAGAAUCAUACUACUACAGGGCAACACUUGGUUUUGAUGGAGUUUUUACUCUCUAUUCUUAUCCAAGGAACCCCAGUGCUGGUGGUAGAAGCUGGUCUGUCUUGUGGUUUAAGCCGGACGAUAUAUGCUCGAGCUUUGUCGACAGUACAGCUAGACUUGGAACUGGACCAUGCGGAUAUAACAGCAUUUGUGAGCCUGUCAAUGGGAGGCCUAAUUGCACAUGUCCCCCUGGAUUUUCAUUUUUGGAUGAAAAGAAUACACACAUUGGCUGCAAACAAGAUUAUACAAGCUCCGCUGAAGAUUGCAACCCAGACGGAUCCACCGUAGAGGAAGAUCGGUUUGAAUUCAGGUCAAUAUUAUUUGCAGAUUUCCCUUUCAGUGACUAUGGCAUAUUGCAGCCAGCAACUGAGUUCGAAUGUAGGCAAUCUUGCCUUCUUGACUGUACUUGUGCAGUUGCCAUUUUACAGGAUCCAUCUUUAAGUCCAGAUGGAACUGGAACUUGUUGGAAAAAGAAAUUACCACUCUCAAAUGGGCGGUUUAACAGAGUAGAUAUUGACAGAACAGCGCUAUUUAAGGUACCAAAGUCAAAUGCCUCUAGGAGAAGCCCUGACACCCCUAAACCAAGUGAUGAAAAUCAGAAUGCUGCUAUUUUGAUCCUUUCAGUUCUCCUAGGUACCUCAGCAAUCUUCAACUUCUCCUUUUUAGCUGCAAUUGCCUUGAUAUUCUUUUGCUUAUACCGAAGACGGCUACAACACUUGGAUGGUGUUCAUAGUCAUAGCAGAGGAGAUUUAGAGACUAAUCUGCGUUCAUUCACAUACAAAGAGCUUGAACAAGCCACAAACGGAUUCAAAGAAGAGCUAGGAAGGGGGGCUUUCGGCACGGUUUAUAAAGGAGAACUGUCACCAAGCUACGUAAACUAUGUCGCCGUCAAGAAAUUAGAAAAGGUUGUACAAGAAGGUGAAAGGGAAUUCAAAACAGAAGUGAAGGUGAUUGGCCAUACUCACCACAAGAAUCUGGUGAGACUACUUGGAUACUGUGAUGAAGAACAACAUAGGCUUUUGGUCUAUGAGUUUAUGGGAAAUGGUUCAUUGUCGAACUUCCUUUUCGGAGUGUUACGGCCUAGUUGGCAAAAAAGGUUACAAAUUGCAUCAGGAAUUGCAAAAGGCCUCGCAUACUUGCAUGAAGAAUGCAGCACACAGAUCAUCCAUUGUGACAUUAAACCACAAAACAUACUCUUGGAUGAUUGUUUAACGGCCAAGAUAUCUGAUUUCGGAUUAGCAAAGCUGUUGAUCAACAGCAAAACUCAAACGCUGACUGGCGUACGAGGGACGAAAGGGUACGUGGCACCGGAAUGGUUCAGAAACUCCCCGGUCACAGUCAAGGUAGACGUUUACAGUUUCGGAGUGAUGCUGUUGGAGAUCAUAUGUUGCAGAAAAUGUGUUGAAGUGGAGAUGGAUGAAGAAGCAAUAUUAACAGAAUGGGCAUUCGAUUGCUACAAUGAAGGGAUGAUGGAAAAGCUUGUUGAAAAUGAUGAAGAGGCCAGAAACGAUGUUGGGAGAUUGGAGAUGCUAUUGAAAGUGGCAAUUUGGUGUGUGCAAUAUGAGCCAGUUUUAAGGCCAUCCAUGAGGACAGUGUCGAUGAUGCUUGAAGGUGCAGUCCAGGUUCCAUCUCCACCAUGUCCUUUCACACUCCAUUCUAUGUCUAUGAAAUAUUAAAAUGAUGUAGCCUAUUAUCGUGUUUCUUUUUCAAGUUUGGUCCCGUAAAAGCUGGAAUGUACAAAUUUAAUAGCUUUCAUUUUUCAAUAAAUUGAGUUUCAAAAACCAGAAAA